GCCUGCGUCCGCCUCAGCAGCUCUCCAAAGCCGAGACGCGCCGCCGCCGUCAAUGCGGGCAUGACAUACUGGCAGCAGUAGUGGGCUUCCGUCUGCCUGCUUUUAAGCAGAUUACAAAGGAGAGGAGGAGAAAUAAGAGUAGAAGAGAGUGAAGUGACUCAUUUCUACCCCUGCUGUGCGUCGAGAAGAGUAGAUGAGUCAAUGGCAGGGGCACAGCCUGGAGUUCAUGCGCUGCAGCUCAAGCCAGUGUCCGUGCCAGAGAGCCUAAGAAAGGGCAACAAAUUUAUGAAAUGGGAUGAUGAUUCUACCACUGUGACCCCGGUGACUCUAACUGUCGACCCCAAAGGUUACUUCCUGUAUUGGACCGACCAGAACAAGGAUACAGACCUACUGGAUAUAGCAUACAUAAAAGAUGCCAGGAAUGGAAAAUACACCAAAACGCCAAAGGAAGCCAAGCUGCGUGAGCUACUGGAUGUCAGCACACUUGCGGGGAAGAUGGAGAACAGGAUGCUGACAGUGGCGAGCGGCCCCGACAUGGUCAACAUCACCUAUCUGAACUUCAUGGCCUUCCAGGAGGAGACGGCUAAGGAAUGGGCAGAAGAGCUGUUCAGCCUGGCAUCCAACCUGUUCGUACAGAACAUGUCCAGAGAGGCCUGUCUCGAGAAGGCAUACACUCGACUGAAACUGCAGCUCAACCCUGAGGGGCGAAUCCCUGUCAAGAAUAUCUUCAGGAUGUUCUCAGCAGACAGGAAGCGAGUCGAGACAGCCCUGGAAAACUGUAACCUCCCUUCUGGAAGAAGUGACUCCAUCCCUCAAGAAGACUUCACUCCAGAGGUUUAUACUCUCUUCCUGAGCAACAUUUGUCCCCGGUCUGAGCUGGACCACAUCUUCUCUGACGUGGGGGCUAAGAGUCGUCCAUACCUCAGUGUGGAGCAGAUGACAGAAUUCAUCAACAAUAAACAACGAGACCCUCGUCUGAAUGAGAUUCUCUACCCUCCUCUCAAACCAGAACAGGUCCAGCAGCUGGUGGACAAAUAUGAAGCCAAUACCUCGCUGGCACAGAAAGGUCAGAUCUCGGUGGAGGGCUUCGCCAGGUAUCUGAACGGUGAGGAGAACAGCAUCAUUCCACCCGAGAAGCUGGACCAGAGUGAAGACAUGACUCUGCCCCUCUCCCACUAUUUCAUCAACUCAUCACACAACACAUACCUCACAGCUGGCCAGCUCGCAGGAAACUCUUCAGUCGAGAUGUACAAACAGGUUCUCCUGUCAGGGUGCCGCUGCAUUGAACUGGACUGCUGGAAGGGACGCACCACAGAAGAAGAGCCUGUCAUCACUCACGGCUUCACCAUGACAACGGAAAUCUCCUUCAAGGAGGUGAUAGAGGCUAUUGCAGAGUGUGCCUUCAAGACCUCGCCCUUCCCCGUCAUCCUGUCUUUUGAGAACCAUGUGGACUCACCAAAGCAGCAGGCCAAGAUGGCAGAGUACUGCCGGUCAAUAUUUGGAGACGCAUUACUGACAGAACCUCUGGAGAAAUAUCCUCUGGAGUCUGGUGUGCCGCUGCCCAGCCCAAUGGAACUGAUGGGGAAGAUCUUGGUGAAGAACAAGAAGAAACAUCACAAGACACACGGAAGCAAGAAGAAACUGUCCGAGCAGGUUUCUAACACCUACAGUGAUUCUUCCAGUGUGUGUGAGCCCUCCUCUCCGAGUGCAGGUUCAACCAAAGAGGAGAUGGCAGAUUCCUCGCAGCCUGCUGAGGGUGCUGAGCUCAGCCUGAGGCCGCAGGGCAGGAAGUCUAUUGGUGAGGUGGAGGCAGAGAGCGACGAUGAUGAUGAUGAUGAUGACGACUGUAAAAAGGGUUCAAUGGACGAGGGUACAGCAGGCAGUGAGGCAUCUGCUACAGAGGAAAUGUCCAACCUGGUCACCUACAUCCAGCCAGUCAAGUUCAACAGCUUCGAGGGUUCCAAAAAGAUCAAUCGCAGCUUCCAGAUGUCGUCCUUUGUAGAGACAAAAGCUUUGGAGCAACUGACUAAAUCUCCUGUAGAGUUUGUGGAGUACAACAAGUUGCAGCUGAGCAGGAUCUACCCUAAAGGCACCAGAGUGGAUUCAUCCAACUAUAACCCUCAGCUUUUCUGGAACGCUGGUUGUCAGCUGGUGGCUCUCAACUUCCAGACCAUCGAUUUGUCAAUGCAGCUGAACUUGGGCAUGUAUGAGUACAAUGGAAAAUGUGGCUAUAGACUGAAACCUGAGUUCAUGAGGCGGCCAGACAAACACUUUGAUCCUUUCACUGAGAGCACAGUGGAUGGGAUAGUAGCCAACACUCUGUCUGUGAAGAUCAUCUCAGGCCAGUUCCUGUCUGAUAAGAAAGUAGGCACAUAUGUGGAGAUCGAUAUGUUUGGCUUACCGGUGGACACCAAGAGGAAAGCUUUCAAGACCAAGACAUCUCAGGGCAAUGCCAUCAACCCCGUCUGGGAAGAGGAGGCCAUUGUCUUCAAGAAGGUUGUUCUGCCCACAUUGGCGUCAUUAAGGAUAGCAGUGUUUGAAGAAGGAGGAAAGUUUAUCGGCCACCGUAUUAUUCCAGUGUCAGCCAUCCGCCCAGGCUAUCAUUACAUCAAUCUAAGGAAUGAGAAGAACCAGGCCCUGACGAUGCCAGCUCUGUUUGUGUAUGUAGAAGUAAAGGAUUAUGUCCCUGACACAUUUGCAGAUGUCAUCGAAGCCUUGUCCAAUCCCAUCCGCUAUGUCAACCUGAUGGAGCAGAGAGCCAAUCAGUUGGCUGCUCUCACUUUGGAGGAGGGGGGAGAGGAGGAGGGUGACAAAGAGGUGGAAGCAGGAAGCGAUGCCCCCUCAGAAUCUAAAGUGGACCAGAGGGUAGCAUUGCCCGCAGAGAACGGACUGAGCCACACACCCAUCAUCGCCCCUAAACCACCUUCGAUGGUUGGCCACCAGCCUCAGUCUGCAGGCUCUCUGAAACCUUCAGUGAAGACUGAGGACAUCAUUCAGAGUGUCCUCACUGAAUUGGAGGCUCAGACAGUGGAGGAGUUGAAGCAACAGAAGGGCUUUGUUCGAGAGCAGAGGAAGCAGUACAAGGAGAUGAAGGAGCUGGUUCGGAAACACCACCGCAAGACCAGCGAGCUGAUCAAGGAGCACACAGCUCGUGUUUCUGAGCUACAGAGUCAACAUCAGCGCCGGCGUUCCACCCUGCAGAAGAGCCACAAACGAGAUGGUAAGAAAAGCCGGUCCGAGCACUCUCUGUCAACCCUGGAUCAGGAGCUGUGUGAGCUGGAACAAGAGUGCAGCCAGAAGCUGGCAGAACUGAAGGAACAGCAGCAGCAACAGCUCCUCACACUUCGCCAGGAGCAGUACUACAGUGAAAAGUACCAGAAACGAGAACACAUCAAGCAGCUAGUAGAGAAGUUGACCACUAUAGCAGAAGAGUGCCAGAGCGCUCAGCUGAAAAAGCUCAGAGACAUCUGUGAAAAAGAAAAGAAGGAUAUUAAAAAGAAAAUGGACAAGAAAAGGCAAGAGAAGAUCAAUGAAGCCAAAUCCAAAGACAAGAAUGUAACAGAAGAAGAGAAGCUAGAGAUCAACAGAUCAUUUGUGAAUGAGGUUGUGCAGUACAUCAAACGGUUGGAAGAUGCACAGAGUAAAAGACAAGAGAGAUUAUUGGAGAAGCACAAGGACAUCCGCCAGCAAAUUUUGGAUGAAAGGCCAAAGCUACAGAGCGAUCUGGACCAGGAGUACCAGGACAAAUUUCGCCGGCUACCCGUGGAGAUCCAAGAGUUUGUUCAGGACAGCGGCAAAGCCAAGUAUAGCGACGACAGCAUCCAUGGGAACCUUGUGGUUUCCUCGACAACGGAGAAGCUAAACCACAAGGCAUCGCACUCGGAGGACGACAUGGAGGAGGGCUCAUCGGAACGAGUCUACGACACGCCUCUUUAGAGAUCUAACCUCAACGCUUUGCUUCACACAGAGACACUGAUUGGUGGAUAUGUUUGUGACCACAGAUCUAGGAUGAGACUGCCCCAACUUCAGCCCUAAUUUUAACCAAUGGGAGAAUUAGAUCAAAUCUGAGCCUGAGUUGGUGAGUAGAGGUCCUCUCUGCGUAGAGUGCAGUCCUGUCCAGAAAACCGUUUCAUGUAAAUAGUAUCUUUUGUUUAUUUGUAUGUUACCUGUAUGUUGUCGUCUCUUUCGGUACGGCCACAGGAUGUGUUACAAGGCACUAACUAUUUGCAGGAAAUAACUUACUUGAACUAUUGCACAGAAAGAGUAGUUUCUUUUUAUUAUUUUUUAUUAUCAUGAUAUUGGUAGUAGUGGUGGUCAGUAAGGUGUGUGGUGCCAAGGUUUUGAAUUCACUUACAGUGGACAUUUAAGUGGAGUCAUACUGUAAUUCAGCCUUUGAAGCUUCCAUCUUUAUAAGAUUUAGAUUCACCCCUACACAUUUGCACUGAAGGCUCACGACAUAACUAUGUAACUUAAAAUAACUUUAACCCAGAGGCACUGGUGGCUUGCUGGUUCUCAAUUUUGUUCUCACAGAACUAAGCCUAUGUGUUGCUGCUAUUUUGUUUUAAUACCCAUCAGUUUUUUUUAAUCCUUAUUUGGUUUGUAUGAUAUUAGGCAUGAUAAUAUUAUGCAGAGCUGUUAUUCUUCUUUUUUUCUGGUUAGUUUUUAACAAGUUGGUGUUGUUUGUGGACAUUUUUGCCCAGAGAGGAAGUCAAGGGAAAGUGUUGUACAGUAUCUGCAUGUAUUUGAACUAACUGUAAAUGUUACAGUAGCUCUGUAGCAGAGAUGUUUAUUAAAUUUAAAUCUAUUUUCUCUGAAAUAUUUAAACUAAACCUGCAAAACAAUGGACCCAGUGUGACUUGAUACAUCACUGUGGCAAAACUGAACAGGACUAAAAUUAGUAAUGAUACACCCCCUCUCCUAGAUCUAACAGUAGCUGGCUCAAGUUAACAAGUUGCACAUUGUAUUCUUUACAGUUUUCCCUUUGACCUUUAACAGAGGAAGAGGACCCUGCUGUAGAUUUACAGAAGUGGCCUUCCUCUUAACUGGCUCAUUGUGUACCUACUGUAGUGGGGAAUUUGUGUGGAAUUCCCAAGUACACAGAGCAGAUGCCUGGGACCACAGGAAAUACUAUAUGUGAUGCCCAUUGGCAUUAUUCACAGUAAUCCACUCACUAUUGGUAGCUGCAUUAGUGUUUGAACUAUGGAAAUAGUCCAGUUACUGUAUGUUAACAGACUCCAAAUGCUUUAGAUGUGUAGAGCACCAGCGUUAACAUGAUCUUAUAAAUAACUGGACUGUUUCCUCUUUUUAACUGUGCCCAUUCAGUUACCACAAGGAAGUGUUUUUGACUUCCCAAGUAUCCAGUGCCAUUUAACUCACUGGUGUGUUAUUUGAUAUCAAUAUUACAUUUCAGCAGAUUUUUCCUUUAAAAAAAACAUUUAGAGUGAAGGAUUACCAGAAAUGUAAGUACAAAUUACUUUUUAAAAAGAUGACAGUUCAUAUUGAUGUGAGAGUCCUGUGCCUUUGAAUAGGUUUGCCUUGUUUGAUGUUGAAUGUGUGAAAUGCAUCAUUGUUUAACUUGCCAUUAUAUUAUAUUAUACAAAGCUGUCAGAUAUUAAAUAGACCGUGUGCACUUUUUAGUACAGUACCAAUACUGAGUAAUGCUUGUGAUGAGCAGUAUUUGACAUGUGUCUCAUAAGAAAUGCGAGACAUCCCUCUUUUUGUCUUGAACCACUUUAUUGAACAGUCCCCCUCCCCCCUCAUCAGUUUAAGUGUAUGCACUCUGGAAAUGUAAAUGUAUGUAUGGCAUAAAGGAUAAAACAUGAAGUUGAUUUAAAAAAAUAGUGUAAAGGGAAUUUGCCUGUAAUUAAAAUAAAUGUGGCUAUUAUUGUA